CCACGCCAGCGACGGGGACCGUCCCCAAAAAGGUCCCGCACCCACCACGCCGGCGCCCCGAAACCCCAGCCGAUCGGCGGCGACCGCGGGGCGGGCGGCGGAGAUGUCGCUGACCUCGGUGAAGAUCAGCGAGGAGGUGUGGCUCACCUGCCUCUCCCACGCCCUCACCACCGAGACCGAGGAGGUCAUGGGCCUCCUCCUCGGCGACGUCGAGACUUCGAGCAGGGGCGGCGCGACCGCCGUGAUAUGGGGGGCGUCGCCGCAGAUGAGGUGCGAGCGGAAGAAGGACCGUGUCGAGGUCAACCCCGAGCUGCUCGCCGCCGCAUCGGCGCAAGCCGAGAAAAUGACGGUCACCAUCGGGAAGACUACGAGGGUGAUCGGUUGGUACCACUCGCACCCGCAUAUCACCGUUCUGCCGUCCCAUGUAGAUGUUCGCACCCAAGCAAUGUUUCAGUUGCUGGAUCCUGGCUUCUUGGGGCUGAUAUUUUCUUGUUUUAGCGAAGAUGCUCAAAAGGUAGGGAAAAUCCAAGUGAUCGCCUUUCAGUCACUGGGUGGACAACAGCGUGGUAUCGUUCCUCUUGCUAUCGUUCCAGUCAUUGACCUUGAAUCAUCCCGGAGUUCAUCAGAUAAUGCAUUAUCAUCACAAUCUGCUUUGUUUGAGGGCAUUGAACAGGACACAGGGGAUUCCAGAGCUUCAAAAAGUAGCAAGGCCCGGGGAAGAUCUCCAGAUAUGGAUUUCUAUUCUCAUCCUGACACAAAUCAUUCAGCAAAGCAUCAACCCGGAGAAAACGCUAUUGUUGCGUACAAUCCUGAUAACGCACCUGAAGCGUCUAUUGAUCCUUAUGAUUCAGAUAUGACCCCAAGCAUCCAGGAGGCUUUGCACCGGUCAAAUAUGGACAUAUGUGGUGCAGAGUAUGUAAGGAAGGAGGUGCCACUUUUUGUCUUCCCUACAAGGAAUCUGCUAAAACUGGAAACCACAUUGACUUCUUACUGUGAUAUGCAACGGGUCCUUUUUGAAGAGGAACAGUCAGCAUACAAUCAAGCCAUGCAACAAAAUAUUUGUGAUGGGAAAAUUCACCCUCUUACAUCUAUUCACCAUGCAUCUACAUACAACUCUUCUCUCUGCAAAUUAAUGGAGUAUUGUUUGAGUCCAGCUAUAACUGUUCUUCAGGAUCGUGUGAAGGAAAAUGAACUUCGGUUAUCUAUGUUACAAGAGGAGGCUAAACAACUUGAGGCUGAGACGCAAAGUAUGCGAAAUGAUUCUCCUCGUCGCAUGAUGAAUCAAGGGGCUGGUGGCAGCAGUUCCCCAAUGGCUCGGAACAAGCAUCCUUUCUCCAGCCAAGGGAGCCCUAGAAGCCUGAGCGGUGGCAGCAGGAGGAAGGCUUAUUGAUUUUGACCAUGCUCACCCUGUUGCUGUGAUGAAUAUUGCAAGUCGUGGAUCCAUCGGAUGCUCCCUGGAGCCCCAGAUGUUCUGAUGGACUAAGGCGCAUACAAUGGCAAUGUACAUAACCAUUCCCUUUCAGCACUGUGCGGUAGUGAAAGUCUCCAACAGUCUCAUUUUGCCUUGUAUUAGGGUUCCUUCUUAUCCUGCUGCCUAAGCUGCGCCAAAUCCUCCUAUCCAUGGUUGGCCUGAGCUUGUAGCCUGCACACUGUAGACUGUACUGAACAGCUGUUGCUAAGAUGCUAUCUUUAUUUCUGGGGCUGGCAAAGAUGAAGGUUGUCGUUGCUCCGUAAUUGGAAAAAGGAACUUUACCAA